CCAAGAGCUGUGCGUUUCGCCUGCCUAUAGCUUCAUGUGCGGUGGUCACGUCGUCGACGGCCAGCGCUUCCAUGCGGCGUUCCUGCUGUAUCAGCUGUGGAUGAUGCAGCGCCCACGCGCCAUCGCCGGGGCAUUGACACGUCGCAUCUGGUGGCCGUGGAACAUGAAGAAGACCACCGAGCGCACCUUAGCGGCAGUCAGGGCCGAUGACGCGCUGACGCUCAGUGUCCGAGCCGCCAUGACGCUAGGCACGAGGAGGAAAAUGGCCGGAGAGUCGCGGGACCUCGCGUCGAACCUGCUGCGCUCUUUCAUUCCCGGCACCGGCGGCUCGACACUGCAAGCCACCGUGGACAAGGACCGCAUCUACGGCCUCAAGGCGAUCUCUGCGGACUUCGACAGCUUACGGAUUCCCAUAGAAUAUGACGAUAACCUGCUGACGCAUGAGCAAUUGUUCGCGACUGCGACGAAAGCAAUGGUCCAGCAGAACGGGCAAGUCGGACUUCUCGUUUACAGCACUGGACUCCGAGCCCGGUCGACGACACUGCCUUCAUGGUGUCCUGACUACACCAAGCCCCUGCCACGGUCCUGGGCCGGCACCCGAGAAGAUGACUUAUAUAACGCGGCACGCGCAUGCAGCGGCGGAAUGCCGAGUGGUGCGCAUCACCAAUUGGAAGGCAGUACGGAUGGAUCGGACCCCCGUCUCCUCCAUCUCGACGCCUCAUUCUUCAGCAGAAUCGUACAAACUGGGCACCCCCCGCGUCCCGUCGCCAGCGACAGGGAGCGGCACUUUCUGAACAUCGCCACCAUCUGUGCAGUCAUGGCCGCUGCCAAUUGUGCGCGUGCCUACCCCAGCGAAGUCGAGCGCCAGCGAGGCGCGUGGUGUAUCCCCAUCUUCGACCGCGAGCUCAACGAUAUUGGACAGCUUGUGCGCGCCACUGAUAGAGCGAAGGUUGAACAUGACCGCCUGAUGACAUGGAUGAAAGGUUCUUGGAGUAGACUCUACAAGCCGCCCGUAUGGCCGGCGUACUGGGGCUCUCUUUCGGAUGAAGGGCAGAUUCCGGUGCCGAUCGAGCUGGAGACGGGGCAUAUAGGCAUGUUCGAGGACGUGGCAGAAGCAGAAGCAGGUGAAGGAGAGGAGCGAAGUACACUUAGGAUUGCGUCCGGGGACGAGAUCUGGGUGCCGCGGGGCUCGCAUGUGCCUUUUGCCUUCCGCCCUCUAAAUAGUGGACAUUAUCAGUGUCUAGGGCCGGCGUAUGUUUAUGGCGUUAUGAAUGGUGAGCUCAUUGGUAUAGAGCCCUUUUCUACGAUCGUUUUGGAAUAAAUGAAUCAAGACUAGUAUUGGACUUGGCGGACAGGUGCGUCAUGCUGCGAGUCUUGGGAUCGAAUGAUGAGAAACUAGUCAUGUAGC